GAAGGGAGGUCCUGGAACCAAGGGUCACGGGCCCCAAAGGGGACAUCCUCAGAGAGGCAUCCAAGACCUGAGGAAGAUAGACAAGAAAACAGUGGGAGAGAAUACCACCCACCCAAGAAAGACAACCUCAAAGUCAGAGCAGGAGAGGCGCAAGGACCCAUCAGAGGCAGCUGAAGCCAACCUCAACUGCUAAACGUCCCCAUGGGCUUCCAGGGGCCAUGGCUGCACACUUGUCUCCUUUGGGUGACAGUGGCCAGCCUGCUGGUCCCUCCAGCGGUGACCCAGGAGCUGAGAGGGGCUGGGCUAGGCCUCGGCAACUGGAACAACAAUGCAGACAUCCGUGGGUCUUCAGAGGACAUGUCAGCGGAGUUUGGCCACCACAUCCACAGCCACGGGGGCCAUCGAGAUGAGAAGGACAGAGAUCACAGAGAAGAGGAUGAAGAUUUCUCCAGGGAAUAUGGCCACCAGCUCCAAGACCACAGGUACCCUGCUCACGAGGCUGGAGAGGAGAAUGUCUCCGAAGAGGUCUUUAGAGGGCAUGUCAGACGUGCUCAUGGGCAUGAUAAUGAAGAUGUGGGAGACUCAGCAGAGUCUGAGAACCACUUCCCCAGACCGAGGAGUCCUAGCCUUGACGAUGAAGAUGAGGAUAGCAUUUUCUCCAGUGAGAAUCGCCAUCACAUCGCCAGCCAGGUUCACCAGGGCCACGGAGGGGAAGAUGCCGAUGGGGAGCAGGAGGAGGGGGUGGAAGUGGAGGAGGACUCUGAUGAUAAGCACCAGGCCCAUGGUCACCACAGCCACUCAAAGGAAGGAGAUGGAGCGGGUUCAGAUGAACACCAUCAUGCCCACAGCCACAGACGUGAUGAAGGUGAUGAAGAAGAUGUUGACUCCAGUGAAUAUGGACACCAGAGCCACCAAGGCCACAAAGAUGAAGAAUAUGAAGAAGAGGAUGAUGAUGACGUCUCCACUGAGCGUGGGCACCAGACCCAAGGCCACAGAAAGGAAGAAGAUGAGGAUGAGUCCGAUGAAGACCAUUAUCACAUCUCCAGGCAUGGACACGGAGGCCAUGAAGAUGAUGAUGAUGAUGAUGAUGAUGAUGAAGAUGAUGAUGAUGGCGGCUCCACUGAGCAUGGGCACCAGGCCCACAGACACAGAGGCGACGAGAAGGAAGAUGAUGAGGAUGACUCAGAUGAAGACUACCAUCAUGUCCCCAGCCAUGGUCAUCAAAGUCACCAAGAUGAGGAAGAGGACGAUGAGGCUGUAUCCACUGAACACUGGCACCAGUCUCCCAGACAUACUCACCGUAGUCUCGGAAGUGAGAGUCAGGAAGAGGAGGUAACAGUCAGGUUCAGCCACCAACCCCAACGCCACAAGCCCGACAAGGAGGAGGACUUCCCAGAAGAAUACAUGACAGAAGUAUUCUCCAGGGAGAGAGACGAGGACAUUUCUGCUGAGUUAGGCCACAAGGACCCCAGCCACAGGCCACAAGAUCAAGAUGAACAGACCAGUCAGGGUCACAGAGAGUCUGUCCAAGGUGACAUUGGUCGUCAGCCCCUGCAGCCCACAGGGGCUGGUUCUGAAGAAUCAAAGAAGGAAGUUGACCGUAACUCUCAAGAGGGCGGUGAAGACUCAGGGCAGAGCAAAGGAGCCCACAGCGAGGAGGAGGAGGAGGAGGAGGAGCAAGGGGAGGAGGAGGAGGGUCAUGGCCUCCCCAUGAGCCAGGAAGAUGAAGAAGAGGAAGAAAAAGAUGAGAAAGAGAGCAGGGAAGACAGAGCUGAGGUUCGGACCCCCCUGAGCCAUCACAGGAAGCAGGAGGAGGAGUCUGAGGAGGAGGAGGAGAUCCUGGAAGAAAACCUGCUCCCAUUCACCAUCAUCCCCAACCCCCUAGCUGGGAGGGAUGUGGCCAGAGAAGGCUCCAGUGAGGAGGAGAGCCGUGAGGUCACAGGUCAGCACGAGGCCCAGGAGUACGAGAACUACCAGCCAGGGUCCCUGUGUGGCUACUGUUCUUUCUGCAAUAGAUGUACUGAAUGUGAGAGCUGUCACUGUGAUGAGGAGAACCUGGGGGAACACUGUGACCAGUGUCAGCACUGUCAAUUCUGCUACCUCUGCCCACUGGUCUGUGAGACGCUCUGCACUCCAGGAAGCUACAUCGACUACUUCUCCUCCUCCCUGUAUCAAGCCCUGGCUGACAUGCUGGAGACUCCGGAGCCCUGACCUGGCCACAGCUGUCGCAGAUGCGCCUCCCCUGGCCGGCCCACCUGACAAGAGCUCUGAAUAAACGUGCUCCUGGAAACAC